UCGCAAUUCGCAACGCAACAGUUUCCACCGGUUACGUGAACUUUAGAGGUUAUGUCUGCAAUUCUCAUCUCAAAAAUCCCAAAAUAAUUCAUAUUUACGAUGUCAGAGAGUGAUCGUAUGCCCAAAAUCGACCGCUCUAAACUGAAACAAACAGAUAUAGAUUUUAUAAAAUUCGUCGAAAAGCAGAAUUUAGAUCGAGUUCGAAAAUUGCAAACCCUACGAAGAAGGAACUUGUUCACAGUUAGUAUUCUUGGAACUGCAGUGUUGGGCAUUUACGGCUAUUCUAUUUGGGCAGUGCGACAAGAGAACUUCCUCGACGACUUUGAAAUUCCAACCACAGUAACAGAUCCAGCAAAGUAG